UAAUUUGUAUUGUGCGUAGGCUUAAUUUAAAGUUUGUGUUUAGUUUAUUAAACAGUCUCCAUCAAAUGGACGAUACUGGAUCGCAUUCUUGCAUGACAUGCACCGUAUGUGGAGAUACGAGCUGCGUCGCAAUGGGAAACGAGUGUGACCUUUCGCAUGUACACUUGUGUGACCUUUCGCAUACCGCUUGCCCAUCCCAAUCGGCACAGAAUUUCCCAUUUUCGACCAGCACGCAGGAUGGCGAAGUUAACUGUUACUGGAACGAUGGCUCUAUGCCAGAUUAUGCUGCCUACUACGGCAGUGAGCCGCGUCAAGCAGCCAAUAUUCGGGAGAGACGACGCAUGUUAAGCAUCAAUAGUGCGUUCGAAGAACUGAAGAACCGCGUGCCAACAUUUCCUUACGAAAAGCGGCUAUCCAAAAUUGACACACUGAGACUGGCUAUAGCGUAUAUUUCGCUGCUGGAAAAUCUGCGCGACUGCCGGGAAGAGCCGCUGCAACACAUUGAAAGAGUGUUGCGCCAAGGAAUGACAUCCAAUGCUAAUAUGCCGGCAUCCACCGAAUGGGCAUCUAAUGCAGAUCUCACUGCUCGUCUUGCUUGGAUUAACUGGGAACAAUUAGGCAUCUCUUCUCACGAAUACCACGAAAUGGCCAACCGUUUGCUGCAAUAUUUCCAACAUCGACAACAAUUCCGAAAUCCUCGAAAUGAUUGUGGAUGACUUUCCACGCUCCAGUUUAACAUCUGACACAGCUAAAACACGAGUAAUAUACGUGUAGGUUUUGGUGGCAUUGUCGUCCGAACUGGACGUUGCCCACCUGCGUAGUUUCAGUUUAGUCAAUUUUUUCGUAUACGGGUAAUUUCAUAUCUGUAUGGUAAAUUCAUUAUCGCAAAAUGCUAUGGAAUGUCUGAUCAGUCAAACAGCGUUCUCCUAAUUUAGUAAACUGAUACACACUACCGAUAUUCGUGAUAUUACUUAUUCGUGAUAUUAUACGCGGCAGACAGCUUAUUGUUAAUAACGUGUCGGUAUUUAUCUUUUGCGGGGUUACUCUACAUUUCCUUAAUUGAGAACGAGAGUGCAGACAUUACCGACUUAACGUUCAAGAUCCAGCAAAAGAGACAUUAAAAGGACAGAAGUGCAGAA